AAAGCAUUUCUCGGCAGUGAGCUGACUUGCAUUUUUUGUAAAAUGCAAGCGCAAAAUCUGUAUUUCUGUGCCUUGAAGCGAAGAGGUCGUAACUGUUUAUCAGAUAGGAUCAGAUGCGGUGCAUACGUAUACAGGUUUCCAUCUCGGUAGUUACUUUGUCAACGUGUUCUAAGUUGGAUCGGCGUCAAAAAGUUUGACCAAACAACAUGAAUGAAGACCAUCCCAAGUGCACUGAUAAAGUAGAAGAUAUCCAUAGGCUUGAUACAAAAGUCAUCCAAGAAGAGGUUAAGAAAAAAGGAUUUGCAUUACUGAUUCACGACUUCAAACAGCGCAGAUUAAUUCCAGUUAAAUUUCUUAGCUUAAUCGUCUUUUCCGGUUAUGGAGUACUGCUGCCAUUUUUUGCCAUGCAUAUGAAGUCAUUAGGAAUCAGUGUCGAAGAAACGGGUGCCAUCUAUGGAGUUUCGUGCAUUAUCGGUGUGUUGACUCCGCUCUGUACUGGUAUGAUGGCUGAUAAAUUAGGAAAUUUCAAGAUGCUGUUGAGCUUGUCAUUUGGAUUAGCUAGCAUUAGUGCGCUUCUCUUCUUGCUCGUUCCAGUGGGAAGAAUGUCAGUUGAUUAUCCAGUUAAUACUUCGUUCAUUGUUGGCUGUUACGAAGCUUUCAACCUGACAGACCAUUCUUCAUCUAUGUCUAUUUUUACAAACUUGGACAUGAAGGGGUGCGACUUCAAAGUAAGACGUGACCUUGGAGGCGGUACUGCUAACAUAUCGGUAGUUCUAAAAGAAUGCGGUUACAUGUGUUACCAUAACAACUACUCUUACGACGAAGAUUACUCUGACGCCGAUGUGGUAUCCGAAGUACAAUCCUUAGGCAAUUUUACACAAACUUUUCGUGACGCAACUUUUUUCCCCGACGACUGGAUUCUAAAAUGGUGUUCUCGACAGCCCCAUGAAGAGAUUGUCUGUGAAGACAACGGAAAACCAGGCACAUCACUGAACGCUACGCUUGCCUUAGACUGGUCCAACAACAUUGCCAAUAAAUCCAGAAUGUUUCCCGUUAAAUGGUUUGCAUUGGAGGACAAUUACCAGAUUAAUAGUGAGCGUAUAUUUAACGCAAAACGAUUAUGCGACUCACAAGAUGAAGAGCAAAAACUUCACCGGACAGCUUACGUAAAAUAUUUGAAUGACAGCGGAAAGAACUCGUACCAGUUUUGUCGGCCACAGUGCACCGUCCUGUCCAGUCGCUCUGAACUGUGUUCCAACAUGGUCCAAGAAAAAGUUUUGAAUCCUCAGCUGACUUUUUGGCUUUAUAUGUUGUUUCGCUGCAUUUUUGACGUUUUCGUUGGUGGUUCUGCUACAUUGUUUGAAGGAGCUGUAUUGGCCUUGGUGUACGAAGUCCGCGGUGAUUACGGGUUUCAGAAAGUGUUUGGAUUUUUAGGAAUAGCUAUAUUUUCUCCAAUAUCUGGAGCUCUGAUGGACCAUGCCAGUGCAGAUGGAAACAACCAAAAUUUCCGGGCGGCAUACUUCCUUUUUGCUGUAUUGUUUGGAAUUGCUUCUCUGGGGAUGUUAACGAUCGACCUGAAGUUCAAACCUCCAGCGGAAAAUGUAGUGAAAGACGUAAAAUCGUUAUUGAAAAAUAUCGAGCUGGAUGCUCUGCUAGUCACUGCACUAAUAUUGGGAUUGUUGGUGGGCUGCACAGGAAAUUAUUUGUUUCUAUUCUUAGAAGAGAUUGGAGUUAACAAGUCAUUGAUGGGACUGUCGGUCAUGAUAUCUUGCCUUGCAGCAAUUCCACUUCUUCUGUUUUCUGAAAGCAUAUUUCGGAAAUUCAGCUACCCCAAUGUUACAAUAUUUUGCUUUGCAGUUUUCAUCAUCCGUUUGAUAGGAUAUUCGUACAUCUCCAUGCCAAGUUUGUGUCUGGUCUACGAAUCUAUAGAAGCUGUGACUGGAACUCUAGCCAUGACUACGCUCAUGAUCUAUGGGUCACGACUGGGCACCACAUCCACUGUGGCUUCCAUUCAAGGCCUGAUUUCAGCAGCCUAUUUUGGUUUGGGCGCCGGAAUAGGAAGUACUGUUGGUGGUUUUCUUAUUGGAGCGUAUGGUCAACGGACAACUUUCCGGAUUUUGGGAGUCAUUGCAUUCAUCACUGGUUUCUUCUACUUCCUCUUCAAUGUUUUCUACCUACGCCGAAGGAACUCUAACAUCAUUGGCAAUGGCAGUGCUGCAGUCAAUUGAUAUUCGCCAUUCUCGGG